AUGGCGGUAAACCAAGAUAAAAUUGAGAAACAUGAUAUGGUGUUAGAGGGUAUCUUACCUCUAGCAAUUGAAGUAGGAAAUAUGAUGGAGGCUAUAAAUAACAAUAAGGAAGACAUGGAUGUUGAAGACUUGGUAGACAAUAUUGAUAAUGUUGAAGAUGAAGGAAAUUUGGGGGAUUUUGAUGUGAUAAGGAAUGAAGAGGAGAAACUUGGAGGUUUGCUAGUCACAGUAGAUGAGAUGGAGGAAUUCAAUCCUUGUAUCAAUAUUUGUAACUUGGAGGAGAUUGCUUUCAAGAGAAGCAAAUAUACUUGGUGGAAUAGCAAAAUUGAUGAACACUACAUAUUCAAAAGACUGGACAAGAGUAAACAGACUUUUGGAAAUAUUUUCCAAGAGAUUGCUACACUUGAAGAGGUGAUAAAGGUAAGACAAAAGCAGUUUGAGGAGGAGCCUUCAGGGGUUAACAGAGCUAACUUGUUCAGGGCACUAGCAGAGUUGGAUAUGCAAUUGAAAAGAGAGGAGGAUUUUUGGAGGAAGAAAGCUGGUUUUGAGUGGUUUAAGGAUGGAGAAAGGAACACAAGGUUUUUUCAUACCAUAGUAAAGAGAAGAAGGUCAAGACUAAAGAUUCGAAGAAUUCAAAAUGAUGAAGGUAGUUGGUUGGACAAUCAAGAUAAAAUUAGUGAAGCUGCAACCAUGUUUUAUCAAAAACAAUUUGAAAAGCAAGAGGAUGCUGAGGAUUUAUCAAUGCUAGAAGUUCUACCUAAAAUUAUAAUAGAAACUUAG